UGCGCUGGUGUACCGGGUCCAUUUGAAAUGGAAAACACUUUGCAUGCAUUUCUGAUGCUUUUCGUGGAGUGGGUCCUGCACAGGGGCGGACUGACAACUCAUGGGGCCCCCGGGCAAUAGGGGAUCAUGGGGCCCGUGUGUCCUUGCCCAAACUCAAAAAAGCCUAUGAAAAAAGGUACCAGGGGCAUCUCAUGGGGCCCCCUACUGACCCCGGGGCCCCGUGCCCGAGUUUUCAAA